AUGCGACAACUCUUCUCCGCUAAUGAUACCACCACAGUUCCGUCACUGUCCCUGACUCCUAGUCUUUCUUCAAUCCAUUCACCACAAGGCCUGUCUAGUGGAAUACCAAAAUCCCAAACCGUUCAAGUGGUUCUUCCGGACUUCCUAGAGCCAAUCCCAUCCCAUCUGCCGCCAGAGGACAUCGAGUAUCUACACAAGAAGGGUUGCUUCGAGAUCCCUGCACCCAAGUUUCGCGACGCCAUUCUUCGUUGCUACGCAGAAUUUGUGCACCCCUACAUGCCAUUGCUUGAUCUGGGCAGAUUUCUUCAUGACAUCACAGCUUCCGACCCUCGUACAAAUCGUGUUAGUCUCUUGCUAUUCCAGGCUAUCAUGUUCGCUGGGUGUGGGCAUGUCGACAUCAAACCUUUGCGUAUGUUAGGCUUUCUUACCAGGAAGGCUGCCCGGAGAGCGUGGUACUUUAAGACCAAGGCGCUCUAUGAUAUGGAGUAUGAACGAAAUAGGCUUUGUGUCAUUCGAGUUCUUGCACUCAUGUCUUUCUGGUACGAGACCCCUGACGAUCAGAAAAAUGCCUGCCACUGGCUACAGAUCGCCCUGUCCUUGAGUCGAAGGGCAGGUCUCGACAGGAACCCAGCAAACAUGAACAUGGACGAAACAGAGCGACGAAUGAGACGGCGAAUUUGGUGGUCUUGCGUGAACCGCGAUCCCCUUUGUGCUCUUGGUUUAAAGGCACCGCUAUGUUGUUCCAUAGAAGAUCACGACGUUCCCGACUUGUCAGUUGAAGAUUAUGAUCUAGGAGAUGUUCCGUUGGAUGGAUUUAAUAAGGUUGGUGUUGAGUGGCCACCUGGGAAACGGCGUUUGCUAUGCAUGGCAUCGGUAGCGCAAACACAACUCCACCGUCAUCUUCGCAAAGUCCUCGCUAACCAGUACAAACUUGGAAACCAGCGUGGCAACGGAGGCAAUCCAGACGACGAAGCGUCUAGAAUGGUGCUUGUACCCGUGACCACCGCCACUUCUCGAUCCAAUUUAACAAAUCUUGGAGAAGAGCUGAGAUCAUGGCGUACCUCCCUGCCUUCAGAGAUGCAGACGACCGCUGUGGGUUUUGAGAUAUCUGACUCUGGAUUCGAACCAUUUGUUGUGUUCCGCACUGUCCUGCACAUGCUUUAUCAUACGUGCCGGAUCACUUUAUACCGGCCAUGGCUACAAACACACGGAGGCCAGUUUUCGCAUUACGAGAGCCUCGAUGAGGAGAGGUUUCAGCACGAGAUACAAACCACAGUAAGAGAAUCAGCACACGCCAUAACAGAUCUUGCGGUGGAGCUGCAUCAGCUGGACCUGGUCCGCCAUUUACCUCAAACAGGAUUAAGCGCGCUCAUUGCCGCUGUCGUCAGUCAUAUCUCAGACGUAAUGUCAUCGACUGACCAUAUUCGGACUGCUGGACUGCGCGGAUUUGAACAAUGCUCCCAAAUGCUAAACGAACUUCGCGAAAACUACUAUGCUGCCGACUUCUCGUAUGGAUUCGCCAAGCUCUUGGCCCAAGCAAAGAGGCUUUCUCACAAGCCCAAGACCGCAAAUGCAAGCUUGACUUUCAUCGGAGAGAUGUAUGAUGAAGGGGUUUCUGCACGUUCCGGUCUCCUUUCCGCUGCCGAUGAAUCCGCUGCUGCAGACGUUCGUCCACCACCAGGGCGGGCGUUUGGUCGCCCUCUUCCUGAAGCACUUUUCCCUGAGGGAGUCGACCUAUCAACGAACUGGGCUACCGCGCAAGAAAACAGUCCCGCAUGGGACCCUGCGGUGGUCUUUGAUCCUACUGCUCAAAACAAUGACACGGUGAUAUCCCUCGAACUUGGUGAGGACUGGGACUACUAUCGUAACUUCAGAGACGAAACAGCGAGACUCCUCGGGGAAUACUGGGACGAUUACCAGGGCAGUCUGCACGAUCCAUUCCCUGGGAUUGAAUCUUUGUCGAAUUGA